UUUCUUCCUCUGGUUAGGCAGACUUCUGCUCGUGCAGCUGUCGUUUUUAACGGACGUUUUCCACGGAGCUAUGAGGACUUUAAUAACAGAAAUCGUUCGGACAUAAUUUGAAUAAUAUGCAUUCAGAUGCUGCUUUCAUCUGUCUAUGGAUUCUUAUCACAAAUGGUGUGUUUGGUGAUACAGAUGAAGUGAAGUCAGUGUCAGUGACUGAAGGAGAUUCUGUCUCUCUAAACACGGAUGUUAAAGUACAGAGAGAUUACAUGAUUAUGUGGACGUUUGGACCUCAAAACACUCGAAUAGCUGAAAUCAUUAAAAGAGACCAAAUGAACUUUAUUUUUGUCAGUAAUGAUGAGAUAUUCAGAGACAAACUCCAGAUGGACAAUCAAACUGGAUCUCUGACCAUCAGAAACAUCAGAUCUGAACACUCUGGACUUUAUAAACUGACCGUCAUCAGUGGAAACAACUCACUGAAGAGCUUCAGUCUUACUGUGUAUGCUCCUCUUCCCUCUCCUGUCAUCACCAGAGACACUUCAGACUGUUCUUCAUCAUCUUCAUCAUCCUCAUCUAAACGUUCAUCAGUGUCCAGAUGUUCACUGCUGUGUUCAGCUGUGAAUGUGAGUGCUGUGACUCUCUCCUGGUACAAAGGAAACAGUUUAUUGUCCAGCAUCAGUGUGUCUGAUCUCAGCAUCAGUCUCUCUCUACCUCUGGAGGUGGAAUAUCAGGAGAACAACAUCUACAGCUGUGUGAUCAACAAUCCCAUCACAAACCAGACCACACAUCUGGACAUCACUCAACUCUGUCACACGUGUUCAGAACCUCUCCGCUCCUAUUUCAUACCACUGGUAGUUGGUUUAUUGUUGCUGGCUGUUUUUUUGGGCGUGAUUCUAUUUUGGCACAUCAAGAAGCGUAAACAAACUGCACAACCUGGCAAGUAUUACUGCGACUGCAUAUAUUCAUCUUUGUGAUGGAAAAGUGUUUAUCAUAUGACCAUCACUUCAUGUAUAAUGUUUUAUAGUUGAACUGUGGUUAUUAUUAAAACAGUUGAAAAUGAAGACAUACAUUAUGCUACAGCAACAUUCGUUGCACAUCCUUUACAUCAUACGGUAAGAUGUUGAUUUGCUGUGUGCCUUGUGUCUCGCUGUCU